GUUUGUUUUCUUUAAUGAUCAGAAAUGGAGGAAUCAAUGAAUGGGUAUGAAGAUGAAAUUGGGAUGAAGUUAAGUGAAGAUGUCAAUCAAAGGUAUAUACAUCAAUGGCGUCUGGGAAAGUUGCAGACAUUCAUACAGAACUUAAGAACAAGGAAAGGUACAUCCAAUCCUUGAAAACUGAACUUGGGAAAGCUAAAGAAUUGGAAGUGAAAUAGGCUGAAAAAGAAGCGUCGUUUCGUAAACUAAAACAAGAGUUGGUAAAAUCAAGAUUAUUCGAGUCCGAAGCCAUGAAUUUGUUGUAUCAAGCGAAGAAGAGAAUCCAGGAAUUAGAGGAAGAGAUUGAGAGAAGGAAAGAAUCGGAGAAGAAGAUGCACGAUUCGUUCGUUGCUCAAUCAAAAGAACAUAAACAAACCCAGAUUUCUUUAGAAAGAUCCAAGCAAGAAAUCAAGCUUUUGUUGGAAAAUCUGGAUAAAUCUGAAGGUUCGUCAGAGGUUGCAUCACAGGGUUCAGUGGGGGAUGAUCAUUUAGAGAGACAUGAAUUUGAGCUUCAAUUGACUAAAACUAACUCAGCUCGCGCUCUUGAAGAUGAACGAGCUUCGUCAUUGAAAGCAAAGAAAUUAGCUGAAGAAGUGAAGUCGUUAAAGAGUCAACUAAGAUCCACCAUUGAAGCUGAAGAAAACAACCAAAAGGCCAUGGAUGAUUUAGCCUUAGCAUUGAAGGAAGUGAAAUCCGAAGGAAACGAAACAAAAGAGAAGCAUUGUUUAACGAUCCAAGAGCUCGAGAAAUCGAAAGAGGAAGUCGAAAACUUGAAGCUGCAACUGAAGAACGUUGAAGCACAAUACAUGGAAGCAAAGAAAGAAGCUGAUAGAUUCAACAAUACUUCAGAGAGAUUGAGACUUGAAGCUGAAGAAACCCUUUUAGGAUGGAAUGGAAAAGAGAAGGGAUUCGUUGAAUGUAUUCGAAAAGCCGAAGAUGAAAGGAAUGCAGCUCAAGAAGAGAACAAAGCAUUGCUUGAAGCACUCGAGGAAUCUGAAAACAUGUAUAAAAUAGCCAAGGAAGAGAAUCAGAAACUACGGGAUAUAAUGAAACAAGCCAUAAAUGAAGCUAGUGUAGCUAAAGAAGCAGCUAGUAUUGCCAGGGAAGAGAAUUCCCAACUCAAAGACACCAUUGCUAAAAAAGAAGAAGCUUUGAAUAUCCUUUCACAAGAGAAUGAAAGUCUUAAGAUCAAUGAAGCAGCAGCAGUUGAAAACAUUAGGGAUUUGAAACUAUUGUUUUGUGAAGCAAAUUGGGAAACUGAGGAUCAUCAUGAACAAGCCACGAAACAAAAACCAGUCAAUACUAGUUCUGCAGAUAAGGAUCAUAGUAAGAAAGUAAAGCGUUAUCAUAAACGCAGUCGUGGCCCUUUGAGCUUGACAUUCCCAGUGAGAGCAAGUGAUGAAGAUUCGAGUUCGGAUUACUCUGAUGAUCCACUUAAAGGAUCCAUUUUUGAUGUGGCUGAAACCCCAAAGUCUGCUCCUGCCGCUGGUUCAACACCAAAUGGUGGAACCCAUCAGAGGAAAAAGUCAUCUUCUGUGUUGACGGAUGAUGAAGGAAUGAAUGGCGAGGAGUUUGAGGGAAUUGAUACAAGCCAUUUUGAUGAAGAAGGUGAUAGGAGCACUAGAAAGAAGAAAGCUUUGUUAAGAAGGUUUGGUGAUCUUAUAAGGAGAAAAAAUAUUCCCAAAAAGGAACAACCUUUAGAUCAAGGGGAAAAAUAAAAUGA